AUGGCUUACUAUUGGUCGACAGAAUCUGAAUACUCAGUACCAUAUCUUGAAGAAGAAAAGCAGAUGUAUUCAGAAAAUAUAUAUGGAAACAAUGGCCAAGUGUUGAGAGCUGCUGCAGCUCCUAUAGUUAAUAUAGACAGAACUUCAAUAUCGUUGGCUCCUGUAGUUCCAUAUUUUCCACAUCUUAAUAUGCGUACUGUUCAAAUUUCUUCUUUUUCCGAUGCGUUCGAUCCAGAAGUUGAUCUCAUCGGUAUGAUUGUCUAUGGUUACAACGGUCAAAGUAACUUUUAUCUAAAUGGAAAACAAUGUAUAGCAGGCGACAUUCUUAUAAAGAGAGUCGAUGCCAUAAAUUAUAUUCAAGCUGAUACAAUGCACAAAAAACUUUUCAAAUGGUUUUUCGGUCAAGAUUUGGAUUCUCUAUUUGUUGGAGGAGGUUUUGCUUAUCAAAACGGCACAUGGCAACACCAUUCGUUCUCAUUUAAUACUAACCAAGAUUUCUAUCAUGACAAUCACAGAGAAAUGCAUCCCGAAGAACAAGAAUUGCUUGGUGGUGCUUUAACACUUCUUUAUAUUAAUCAUCGAUGGCUUAUUAAUCCAUAUCUAUCUGUACAAGAGAUUUUAUCGUUCGGCAACUGGUCCACAUUAUUUGAUGAAUCACCUAAUUUUAUUUCUAUACCGAUUAUAUAG